GAGCUAGGCAGGAGUCGUUUCUGUGAGUUUGUUUCGCUGAGUCUUCCUCCCGUGUACCCGCGAUACUGUUCUCAUCACUUUCUCCUCUGUUUUUAACUCCUGUUUACUUUAAAAACAAAAGCCGAGGCUCUCACCUGACUCUGGGUGCCCUGGAUGGGAGCCUUCCUCCGCUAAGAUCAGGGUGCUGAAGCGCAGACACCUCAGGGCUCUGGGGUGAUGCCUUAGAGCCACAUGAGCUGAACAGGAACACUCCCCGGUGUGCUGGUGGCUCCAUCGACACGGCCACCAAGUCGUCCUCCUCAUCAGCCCACCACCCUUGAGCUAUGGAGGCUGCGGAGGUCCCCGUGGGCUCCCUCAUUGACUUUGGGACUGACACCCCCACCUCCUGUCCCCUGGAGGCACCCCCUUCAGCACUGCAGGACCGGGAAGGGGACGGUUCCCUGGACGAUGGCGCGUCCGAGAGCGAGACUACCGAGUCAGCAGACAGCGAGAAUGACAUGGGCGAGUCCCCUUCCCACCCGUCCUGGGACCACAACCGCCGCUCUUCCUCCAACGAAUCCUUCUCCUCUGGCCAGAGCACUGAGUCGGCACAGGACGAGGAGACCGUGGCACUCCGCGAGUUCAUGCGCAGCUAUGUAGAGAAGAUGUUUUCUGGAGGGGAGGACUUGGAGCAGGAGGAGAAAGCCCAGUUUGGAGAGUACUGCAGUGGUGACAGCGGCCAAGGGCGUGAGUGGUUUGCCCGCUACGUGAGCGCCCAGCGCUGCAAUUCCAAGUGUGUCUCAGAGGCCACCUUCUACCGCCUCGUGCAGUCUUUUGCGGUGGUGCUGUUUGAGUGCCAUCAGAUGGAUGACUUUGGGCCUGCCAAGAACCUCAUGACGAUGUGCUUCACUUACUACCACAUUGGUAAACCGCAGCUGCUCCCCUCCGAGUCCAAGGAGAAGCCUGUGGGGAGCAUCGACGCCUACUUGAGGUCCGCCAACAGCUGGCUGGCUGAGAAGAGGGACAUUGCUGCGCGGCUGCUGAAGGACACCCCCGGCAGCACUGAGAACGCCAAGGGCUUUUUUGGGGGGCUGGAGACCAAGCUGAGGGGACCCCUGAUCAAGAGAAAUGAGGACGACGAGAACAAGCCCAAACAGAAGCUGCCCAAGACUGUGACGGUGUGCAGCCCUGAGGACGAGCGCAAAGGGGAAAAGAUCUACCUAUACACGCACCUGAAGCAACAGCCCAUCUGGCACACGCUGAGGUUCUGGAACGCAGCCUUCUUCGACGCUGUGCACUGUGAGAGGAGAAAGCGGUCCCCCACCACCAGGGAGAAGUGGUGCCACAUGACCCAGGAGGAGCGCGAUGACAGCCUCCGCUUCAAUGAGAACAUCACCUUUGGGCAGCUGGGCACGUUUACUCACAACAUGUUGGCCUUUGGCUUGAAUAAGAAGCUGUGCAACGACUUUCUGAAGAAGCAGGCUGUGAUUGGCAACCUGGACGAAGAGCAGUACAAGCUGCUUAGUGACCACAUUGAGCAGAUGGCCACUGAAUAGAGGCUGGAGGGCACACCUGCUUUCCUGGGCCAGCGACUGGCCGUCUCCCUCGAUGACCCUGCAUGACACCAGCAGUGCCCACAGCCACUCCUCGCUGCCCUCGAACUCUCAGAAGAAUCCAGCGCCCGUGCUCCCAUUGGCCUGCACCUGUUCCCCCAUCCCCAUGCCAGAGUGUCCCUCGGAUCAUGCAGUAAGAGCUGAGGUGCCCUUCUGCACCCCCUGUGCCAGUCUUGGGAGAUGAGACUGAGAGUGAGGAGGAGGCCAUGGGUGAGGCGGCACGGGGCACUGUUGGCCUAGGUCCCAUCUGAGGAGCGCAGGGGUGAGAUGCGACUGUGUGCAUGCAGAGGCGACCACCUGCAGUGGGGCACAGAGCAGGCUUGCGCUGGCCUGCCUGUCUGCCUGCCUGGGACUGCAGCUGGGGAGAUGUGCCCUUCAACGGGAACAGAGACACUGGUGCAGAGGACAUUCCCUCUGUCCUAGCAAGGCCUACCCCUGCCACAGGAUUAGGAGAAUCCAGCCGGCGUCCCCGGCCACUAGGCUCUCGCUGGGCAUCCUUCAGGGCCAUCCGUCAGCUGGAAGCCUGCUCUGAGGCUGAGUCGCUGCAGCAGUGUCAUGCUGUGUGUCCCAGGCAAGGAGCACAGAGGACAGAGGCUUCUUCAGGAACUAUGAGAGCGCCGUCCUUCCUAAAUCAGACAUCACCGCUGCUCAUGCCAGAGGAGGCAGUGCGAAGGCGAGGGGGACGGGCUGCGGCUGCUCAGGCCAGCUAGCACCGUGGACUUGGCAACAUCUCCAGGCCCUGGGCACAGGGCCCUUCACAUCCCUGUGCAGCCCAGGCCUUAGUGUUUCUCUCCUUACCCUGCAGAUGCUCCCUUCAUGUUGUCUCUGGUGCCAGAAACCACGCGCUGCUCUGUGCACCGUGCCAGGCACAGCGGGCCGACCGUGACCCUGAGGUCCCCGCCGCAGCAGUCAGCAUGCUGGCCCCAGAGCCUGUGGUUUCGCCCUGCAAAUGUUGCUGAUUAGCCCUGGCCCGCUCUGCCUCCUGCCGUAGCCGUCUGCUCACUGACCCUGACACGGGCCCCUGGGCUCUCCUCCCCACCCGUCAGGCAUCCCCCGCACUCCCGCCCUCUUCCCUCCCGGCCUCCUCCAGCAUUCAAUCAAAUUAAAUUACUGUCUCAUUUGUGAGCGCAA